CUCAGUUCGUUCAAAGCGUGCAAACGAGACGGACGUUGUUUUUUCGUGUCGAUUUAUUGUCGCCAACGCGUCGCCGUCGCUCGGAGUCGGAGCCCCACAGCCAGCAAACAUUUGCUACAGAUUAAAAGAGCUAAAAAUUAAAUGAACAGAAAAACAAUAAUUGAGUGCUUGCUAUUUGCUUAGUUAAUUGAAAAUGCAAUCAGCAAAAAGAAAUUAAGGAAAAAGCAAAACCAGACGAAGAAAGAAGUGAACAGGCAAAACAAAAAACGGACGCAGCUUCCUUUCGGAAAAGGCCUGUGUGUGUGUGUGUGUGUGUUUUUGUUUGUUGUUAUUGUGUUUGUAGCUGUUGUUUCGUAUUAGGCAAGCAGCAAAACGUGAUAUGCAAAUAACAACAACAACAACGACAAGACGGUUUCGCGUGUGUGCCUGACACAGCAACAACAACAACAACAACAACAGCAGCAGCAGCAGCCGUCGAGACAAUCGAAAAUUGCGCGCCAAAAAAGCAGAAGCGAAACAAAAGGAUUUAUAAAACAUACACACACAAAAAUACCAAUACAGGCGCAAGCAGCUGAGACCAUUCGAUACAACAACAACAACAGCAGCAACAACAACAAAGAGCAACGAAAUCAAAACAGAAGCUGGCAAAGACGCAGUCGACAAAAAUUCCAGUUUCAUCUGACGAGCGCUUAACUCACCACGGCACAAAAAGGACGCCCAGAAGGCGACGACACUUGAAGCAUUUGGCUGUGUGACACAUCUGCGCGAACGCAUUGCUUGGCUGAGAACGUAACUGGCACCAUGAUGUCCAUGUCCAGUUCGCCGCCAGCGACGCCCACGGGUGUCCAGACCGAUGCUGAGGGUCUCAUAUUGCCAAAGAAGCUGAUCAAUCCCUGCAUUGAGAACACCGAUCGCAAGGAGCUGCAUCGUGAGCUCAAGUUCAAUGCGCGCAUUGGCAAGAGUGUGCUCAACCAGAAGACGGAACUGCAGCGCGCCUACGAGAAGCAAAAGGAGCGGCAUGCGGCGGCGGCGGCGGCAGCAGCAAUCGAACAGCAUUCGCCCGAAGCGGAGCUUGCCGGUCUACAGGGCGAGCUGGGACGCGUGAUUAUGGAGCGUGCCCAGAAGGUUGGCGCGGCGGCGCAGAAACAGAACGCCGAGGAUGCCGAGGAGCGUCAAUAUGUCAAUCCCGAGUAUCUAAAUGUGCGCGCCAAGCUGCGCACGGCGCAUGCGCCCAAUUAAAACAAUUAAAAACAAAAACGAAAAACGAAAAACAAAUCUGUAAUCUUUGAAAAUCUAAUCUUUAGUUGUGACCCAACCAAAUUUCUGUUUAAUUAACUCGAAAGUUUUAUGUGUGUGUUAACCAUCAAAUAGUUCUUUUUAUUUAACUCGAAGAACGUUAAGGUUAAUAUUUUGAUAUUGAUAUUAUUAAUUGAUAGUUCAUAAGCACUAAGUUGAUGUCUAGUUUAUCUUUUGUUCUAUGUUAAUGACGAAAGUUUAUGAUAAUUAUUAUUAUUAUUAUGAUUUCUGCUGUGCGUGUAUAAAAAAAUGUAUAAAGUUUUAGUUGUUUAAAGCAUUUCUU